AUGAAUAUAAGGAAUGAUCAUUCAGAUAAUGUGAAGUCCUUGUUUUAGGAACAUUCUAAAAACUUACCUCAAUUUUUUGCUGAAAAUAUUUUAUAUUUAGAAAUGGAAGUGGAAUGUAAUAAUGUCACAAUAGAGGUUGUCAAUUAAUUGUUAGAAUUAUAUAGAGUAAUAUUUUAAUAUUGAAUUAGAUUGGAGUUGAAUAUUUUGAAUCUAUUAAAAGUAAUAAAUUCUUGGUUUUCAAAAAUAAAACUUAAUAAUUAUUGAUGAGAGGAAAUGUAAAUUAAUGCAUGAAUGUUGCAUAUGAAGAAUUAAAACAUGAAACAGCAUUAAAGAAAUCUAAACAUGUUUAAAGUAAUGAGAUUCUUCCUCCUCCAUCUCCAAAAGUCAUUAUUCCUUAAAAAUCUUAAAAAUAAUAAGAAUUAGAAAAUCAAUUCAAAUACAUUUAAGAGUAAGAUCAAAAAUUAUAAGUAAAUCAACUUUUAGAAUUUCAUGGUUAUGAAUCUUAGAGAGUUACAAGAAUACAUAAUAAGUAUUAAUUUUUAAUAUAAUAGAGCUUUAUAAGAAUAAGAAGAUCAAGUGUAAUUACGAUUGUAAAGGAGAAGACUACAAUCAGUUAGACUAAAAGGAUAAAAAGAAUGA